AAUUGUCAAGGGUUUGAUCCAGCCUGGGCUAAAGAAAUCAAGAUGACUACCAGCUUGUUCGAAAAUUAGGCAGGGGCAAAUACAGUGAAGUGUUUGAAGCCAUCAACAUCACAAAUAAUGAAAAAGUUGUUGUUAAAAUUCUCAAGCCAGUAAAAAAGAAGAAAAUUAAGCGUGAAAUAAAGAUUUUGGAGAAUUUGAGAGGCGGUCCCAACAUUAUCACACUUGCAGACAUUGUAAAAGCCCCUGUGUUACAAACGCCCGCCUGGGUUUCUGAACAUGUAAACAACACAGACUUCAAGCAAUUGUACCAGACAUUAACAGACUAUGACAUUCGAUUUUACAUGUAUGAAAUUCUAAAAGCCCUGGAUUAUUGUCACAGCAUGGGGAUUAUGCACAGAGAUGUGGAACCCCAUAAUGUCAUGAUUGAUCAUGAGCACAGAAAGCUAAGGCUAAUAGACUGGGGCUUAGCUGAAUUUUAUCAUCCUGGCCAAGAAUAUAAUGUCCGAGUUGCUUCCCGAUACUUCAGAGGUCCAGAGCUACUUGUAGAUUAUCAGAUGUAUGAUUAUAGCUUGGAUAUGUGGAGUUUGGGUUGUAUGCUGGCAAGUAUGAUCUUCCGGAAGGAGCCAUUUUUCCAUGGACAUGACAGUUAUGAUCAGUUGGUGAGGAUAGCCAAGGUUCUGGGAACAGAAGAUUUAUAUGACUAUAUUGACAAGUACAACAUUGAAUUAGAUCCACGUUUCAACGAUAUCUUGGGCAGACACUCUCGUAAGCGAUGGGAACGCUUUGUCCACAGUGAAAACCAGCACCUUGUUAGCCCUGAGGCCUUGGAUUUUCUGGACAAGCUCCUACGAUAUGACCACCAGUCACAGCUCACUGCAAGAGAGGCCAUGGAGCAUCCUUACUUCUCCACUGUUGUGAAGGACCAGGCUCGAAUGAGUUCAUCUAGCAUGCCAGGGGGCAGUACACCUGUCAGCAGCGCCAAUGUGAUGUCAGGGAUCUCUUCAGUGCCAACCCCUUCACCCCUUGGGCCUCUGGCAGGCUCACCAGUGAUUGCUGCUGCCAACUCCCUUGGGAUGCCUGUGCCAGCUGCCGCUGGCGCUCAGCAGUAAUGACCCCCAUCCAUCUCCUGAUGCCUGAGCAGAGGUGGGGAAGUCCACCCUCUCCUUGAUGCAGCUUGCGCCUGGUUGGGAGGGGUGAGAAUUCUUCAGAAGCACCGUGUCUGAACUAUAACUAUUUAGACUUUAACUCCAUCAAAUACCCAGAAGGAUGUAAUAUUAUUUAACAACAGAGACAUCUGGCUGCCUGGACAGUCACCCAAAGUUCCUCUGCAACUGUGGGGCAUCAAUCUUCAGCCUAAAGGCCUAGAAUAUCUGGCAGACUUUUCAGUGAAGCAGGAAAUUUGAAGGACUAUCCUGCCUUGUAUUGGCAAAGUUCAUCAGUUGCUUUCCUCUGUGUACCGAAGAAUAUCUGGCAGACUCUUCUAUGAAGCAGAAAUCUUGAAAGACUGUCCUGCCUUGUCUUGGCAAAGCUUGAAAUUCUUUUUCCUUUGUGUCUUGAUUGUCCAGUCUGUACAGCAUACUGUCAGGAGUCAGGGCAAGAGCAGUUUCUUGCCCAAAUGGCUAGUCUUGUCACAUUGAAACUCCAUAUGGAGUUUCUUUGAUGCCCCUUAUCCUUUUAUAAAGUAGAUUUGUUUCACUGUUAUGAAGGGCCCUAUGUUAACAAAACAUUUUAAAUGCCAUAUUCUAUAGGUCUUUUAAGUA